AUGGCUGCUAGCUCGUCCCUAGGGGACCCUUCAUCAUCGUCUACGGCUUCAAUUUCUUCCCAAGAAGCUCACGCGAAGGAUCUUCUGGUUCCUACAGGACACAAAAAAUUAGUUUUUUUGAUUCGGCCAUUCAACAGUUGGACUAAGCGAUUUCGGGACGAAUGUGAGCGAGCUGGGUCAUCGGGUUUGAGGAACGCGCGCAUAUUACUUGAGGGCCCCUACGGCGAAACAAGCCCACUCUCCUCGUUCGAGAAUGUCAUAUUCGUGGUUGGAGGCACAGGAAUUGCAGGGGUGAUACCUCAUCUUCAAGAACAUCUGAACCUUUCGUCAAAGCAUCCUUCGCCUAGCACACUGAGACGAGGAACAAGAACGCGAGACAUUACUGUUAUCUGGGCAACAAAGCAAUCCGCCAUGAUCCGCAAUAUUGUGACUCGAGAACUGAGGCCAUUUACUAACCUAGAGGACAUAAAGUUUCGGUUUUAUGCGACACGCGAGAAGAAAAAAAGCACUUUAGCCCAGACAGAUAAACCAGGAAGCAUGCCUGUCCAGUCCCAUGAUAUUGAGAUUUCAAACCAGAGGCCAGAUAUCAGGGCGGCCGUUCUCGGUGUAGUUGAUCAAGUCAACGCAGCCGGGUCAAUGGGUGGUAGAAUCGCUGUUCUUACCUGCGGUCCUGGGGCUAUGGCAGAUGAAGCCCGUGCUGCGGUGCACCAAGCAUUGAAGGAUGGUAAACAAGGGCUGGAGUACUUUGAGGAGUCCUUUGGAACACACCGUGGUUCCUUCGAACUAACCAACUGGUCCCGUACCUUUUUCAGAUAUGUCUGA